UACAAUUUACCUGUGUACAAGAAAAGAUCAUCUGGUGUCAGUUUUAAAGUUUCAACGAUUACCGAAGAAGGAAUUCACGUAAUAAUGCGAUGAACGAUUCAUAUAAGUACUGAUUUUCUUGCUAUUAACUUUAAUUGAACAUGUCAACUAAAGGUGUCACCAAGCGAGCAGUAAUCGUUACAGCUAUUGUGGUGAUUGGUGGAUUGUUUAUAGCUGUUAUUGUAUUAGCGAUACAGAAACGUGACUGCGAUAUCAAAGACAGCGAUGCACAUGUACCAAUAUUUUCUCUCCAAAACAGACAAUAUAUUCUUGACGAUUUUAAGAAAAGCGAUGGGAUAAACAUUCGAUGGCUUCCGAAUGUAAGCAGUCGGACUCAAAUUGAUUCAGCUUUAUCGAUAGGCAAAUACAACAUGAUAGAAGUAAUCAUACAAACUACAAGUGGAAAUGAUCCUGUUAUUGGAGCGAGCGAUGGUCUUCAACUCAAAGACAUGAUAAAACGGUUGAGUGCUGCUAAUACAGGCAUUAAGAUAAAUGUGAAGAAUAAUAUUGAUGCUACAGCGGUUCUAAGUACUCUAAGAAAUGUAGUCUCAGAUAAACCAGUUCUGAUAUCCAUUCCAAUUUUGUCUCCAGGUUCCAGUUUCGACAUAGACAGGUUUAAGACAGAUUUGUCAGCUUUAUCAGUAAAGGAUAAUUACAUUGGAGUAAAUCUUGCUAUUUCUAAAACUUUUUGUGAUCUGUAUGGGAUAGAAUAUGGUACUUCCGAAUACAUAAGUGACCUGAUAAAAACCAUAAAUUAUGCUGUAACUAAGGUUACGAUAGAAAUGGAAGCUGACACUAUACAAUCAUCAUGGAAGGGUAUAAAAUGGGUUUUAGACACCAACCCAAGUGUGAAACUCAUAAUUUCUUCAAAUUCAGUGAAAGUCAAUGGCACAACAUUUGAUUUACUUAUGUUGAGGAAUGAUGCAGAUAAGAACAAAUUGUUGUAUAACAUUGAUGAAUCCAUGUAUCAAGGUUUUGUAGAUGUUUCAUCAACUGCCGGAAGUCCUCUGCUAUAUUUUAAUAUUACUCCACGUGAUGCGAGUAGUAUAAUUUGGAGCCAUAACACAGAUACAUGGAAUUUAUUAAAUACUGCCACACAAGGUGAUGUGAUGGUGAUAGAAGGUGACAUCAUGUUACUAGGACAAGAUACACCUAACCAAACAAACAUUCCUAUAAUGGCGCAUACUGUGGGAGAUAACAACAACGUUACGUUCGAACAAUGGAUCGACGAAAUUAUUAAGGUCGACAAAGGCAUGAAACUCGAUCUUAAAACUAUUGACGCAGUGAAACCAGCAUUACAGAUUGUGUCAAGAAAGAGUUCCAGAAUCAAAGGUCCUGUUUGGGCUAAUGCUGAUAUACUUAAAGGUCCGGAUGGCAUAAAUCCUCGAAUUCCCGCAAACAGGUUUUUGGAGGCAAUUCAUGAAUUUCCGAACGUUGUUCUUUCUCUAGGUUGGACGACUAAAAGUAAGGGAGAUAACUAUAGCUUAAACUAUACAAUGGAAAUGGUAGAGGAAAUGUAUAAUAUUAUAAAAGAUUUACAACAGCCAAUCACAUUUCCUGUUAGAGCAGAACAGCUGAUUGAUUCUUUAGAUUCAUUUGAAUGGUUACUUGGAAAGUCCCGAGGUUACACUUUAACGAUUUGGACAGCACACAAUGAUAAUGUAACGAAAGCCGAUAUGGACUUUGCACGUAGAAAACUUGAAGCAACGCGUGUAUACUUUGAUCUUCCAAGAGAAUUAAGACCCACUUUUGUUUGAUGGGUCUGCUGUCAAACAUAUUGCCAUCAAAUUGGGCAGCAGCCUUUCUCGUGUACAAUAACAGUUGAAAAAAUGAAAGUUAUGUCUAAAGUUACACGAUGCGAUAUCAGUAGAUUUUAUUUAAGCAUCUAAUGUAAUAGUAUUGUUAUGG